AUGGUUCGCAAUCUCCCUUGGUCUACCGCAAAUGAAGAUCUCAUUGAGUUGUUCGAGACUACUGGGCAAGUUGAGCUCGCUGAAAUCCUUUUCGAUGGCGCUAGAUCCAAGGGAUGCGGUGUUGUUCAGUUUGCCCAGGUUCCAGAGGCGGAGACAGCUAUUGUACAUGUAUGGUGGACGCCCUCUCGACGUUCGGUUCAACGAUCGAUGGCAUACAUUUACACCUACUGCCGCAAAGGGCGGUCAGGUGAUUCCCAUGCAGGCGGAGUGAUCUAUUUGUCCAUGUAA